AUGACUUGGAAAAGCCCACCCGAGGCCUCAGACGAGGAGCGCCUCCUCCAUCAAACAGACGAAGACAACUCGUCGUUCAGGGAUCCACCAAGACCACCCGCCGACGAUGUAAUCUCAUGCGAGACUGUCGUCUUCCACAGCGGCCUACACCUAGACAGGACCGAAUACCAAGGCCCUUCCGAUGAGGUCAAGGCCAACUGGGAAGCCCUGUACAACAGUAAGAGGCUCCCCUUGCCCACCCCUCCCACAGUACUCCCAUCUGAUCGAGUUUGA